AUGACCCUGUACAACUGGUCCACGGAGUUUUCCGUCUGGGGUUUGUCAAACACAUCUCUGAAUUCCAGUGUAAUACCAGAGGAAUGGGAGGAGGGCACAUUGCUAGGCCUAAAAGUCUCGCUGGCUGUGAUUUUGGCUGUGAUCACUCUGGCGACGAUGCUUUCCAAUACGUUUGUCAUCAUCACAAUUAUCCUUACGAGGAAACUCCACACCCCAGCCAAUUAUCUCAUUGGAUCCUUGGCUGCCACGGACCUCUUAGUGUCCAUCCUUGUAAUGCCGAUCAGCAUCGCCUACACCAUCAGCCGCAUAUGGACCUUCGGCCAGAUCAUGUGUGACAUCUGGUUGUCCUCUGACAUCACCUGCUGCACCGCCUCCAUUCUGCACCUUUGCGUGAUCGCUUUGGACAGGUACUGGGCCAUCACGGAUGCUCUCGAGUACACCAAACGCCGGACCGCGGGCAGGGCCGCCCUCAUGAUAGCCAUUGUUUGGGUUAUUUCCAUUUGCAUCUCCAUGCCGCCGCUUUUCUGGAGGCAAGCGAAAGCCCACGAAGAAAAAGCUUUUUGCACCGUGAACACUGAUCAGAUUUCCUACACAAUCUACUCUACCUGUGGCGCCUUCUACAUCCCAACAAUGUUGCUCAUUAUACUGUAUGGUAGGAUUUAUGUUGCCGCCCGAUCCCGAAUCCUCAGGCCGCCAUCUCUCUACGGGAAGCGCUUCACCACUGCCCACCUCAUCACUGGAUCGGCGGGAUCGUCUCUCUGUUCCCUUAGCUCGAACCUUCAUGAAGGACAUUCCCAUUCUAGUGGCUCUCCUGUGUUUAUCAACCACGUGAAGAUCAAAGUCUCUGACAGCGUCUUAGAAAGAAAACGGAUUUCGGCCGCCAGAGAAAGGAAAGCCACCAAAACUCUGGGAAUCAUUUUAGGGGCAUUCAUCAUCUGCUGGCUCCCAUUCUUUGUCAUGACUUUGGUCCUGCCAAUCUGUCAGGAUGCCUGCUGGUUUCACCCCAUCCUGCUCGACUUUUUCACCUGGCUAGGCUACCUGAACUCUUUAAUCAAUCCUGUUAUAUACACAGCUUUCAAUGAUGAAUUCAAACAGGCUUUCCAGAAAAUGAUAAAAUUCAAAAUGUGCUCCUAG